GAAUAUAUUCACUUGAAAACGCAAGUAAGAUAUAUCCCCAAACUUCAUUUCUUUCUUGUUUUCUUUCAUUCUCGCACUGUGUGGAUUUUGUUAUUCAUGUUGUGAUUUUGGUUUCUUGAACGAUUGUUGCUUUUCUUUGAAGAUUCCAAUUCCAUUCACAUAAAAGUUUUAUCGUUGAAAGUGAUCUAGCUGCUAGCUUGAGAAAGGGGGAAGGGAGUUUAAUUCCAGAUGUAUGUUUUGGAUGAACAAGUGAGUCUUAUCUGGAAGCAAGCGUGUUUCAAUAUAAAUUCAAAUUUGCAGUUCUAUCGUCUCUUACUUUCACCCAAAACCAUCCGGACAUUGCCGGCCAUCACCCAAGACAACCGACAUUCCUCUUUCCGGCAACAUCCUUCCUUCUUUCUCAAUCGUGUAGUUCUGGGCACUAAAUAGCAGCCCUGCAUGAAGCAUGAACAACAAUAACCAUAACAAUAAUCACAACAACAACUCAAGAAACGGCAACGGAACCACACAGGCUUGUGCUGCUUGUAAAUACCAACGUAGGAAGUGCGGUCCAACCUGCAUCCUAGCACCAUAUUUUCCUCACGAUCGUCAACAGCAAUUCUUGAAUGCCCAUAAAUUAUUUGGUGUUGGUAAAAUCACCAACAUGAUCAAGAAUGUUCCGCCUAACCUUAGAGGCGCAACCAUGAGUACAAUUAUGUAUCAAUCUGAUUUGCGUGCUCUUGACCCUGUUGGUGGUUGUUAUGGACAAAUUCAACAGCUUCAAUCUCAGAUUGAAUUUUUCAAUUCUGAGCUUCUUUUCACCCUUCAACAACUUGCUCUUUUUAGAGGCCAAGUUCAUAAUAACAAUGCUAAUCGUCAUCAUCAUCAUCAUCCUCAAUAUGGCAUCAUUAAUAAUAAUAUUAUUCCUCAACCCGCCCAAGUACUAAAUCAAUCUCAACAGCACCAGCAUUAUGCUGAUGAAAUGAGUAUGUCACAACCACAACAACAGCAACUACAUGAUGAUGUCAACAACCUCAAUCUCAAUCCAAAUUAUGUUCCUUUACAAGAGGACCUUAAUACGUGGGUCGAUUCUAUACCGUUGUCGCCAUUAACGUUGCAGGAUAACAGAAAGGAGGAAGAAGAUGAACAAGAACAAGAACAGGUUGGUGAUGAUUAUGCAAAUGAUCAGAAACCCGUUCUUGACUUAAUUACUGAAAUGAAUUCUUCGGAUAAUCAUUAGUAUUGAUUUAGGGCACCAGUGAUGAUGAUGAUGAUGCAGUGAUAAUGAUGAUGAUGAUGCGGUUUUGUAAAAGGAGAGGGGUAUACGACUGCAUUGAUUGGAAAGGUGCAGCAAUAACUUUGUUUAUUCUUUCAAAUUAGCACAGUUUCUUACUAUUUUUUGCAGUCUUUAGACUUAGAGUAUUGCCACUACAUUGUGUCCAAUUUUCAGAAUAGUAUUUUCUUUUUUAGACUUAGAGUUUGUAGUCUUGCAUGUUGCCGCCAUGUUACUGAUUAGAGUUUUUUUUUUUUUUUUGCGGCCGCAGCAAUGUUUCUUCUAAAAUAAUAAUAGCUCCUGUUAUAUA